AUGUUUCCUCCGCCUCUCAAGCGGACAUAUGCCCUUUAUAUAGAGAGUGACGAUGAAUCAAGUGACGAUGAACCGCCGCAAGAUAUCGAGGAUGUCCUUACGAGUGCUCACUCUCGCUACCCUACCAUGAACUUUCCUCAAUACAUUGGUACACUGAAAGAUCGUGGUGUACUGUAUUUGCCCACCGCAGCUUUCUUUACCACAGGAUUUUAUAAGGAACAAAUUGGCAUGUCAGACGGGGCCGCACAUACUUUUUGGAAUUGUGUUUCCAAAGCUUACGCCAAGGCGGAACGCGCGAAGGGGAGAAAGAAGAGCAAAGGGAAAAAGAAAGCACGAAGUCAGCAUGACGAUUCGGAGGACCAAGAAGACAUUCCACCUAUUAACUAA